AUGUCUGUUCUUAUAGAGACGAGCUCGGGCGAUAUCGUCAUUGAUCUGCUCAUCGACUACGCACCAAAACUCUGCGAAAACUUUCUAAAGCUCUGCAAGAUCAAAUACUACAAUUUUGCGCCCAUUCACUCCGUUCAGAAGAAUUUCUCAUUUCAGACAGGCGAUCCCCUCGGGCCUUUAUCGGCGGACUCGGAUGGAGGCACCUCAAUAUGGGGUAUGGUUUCAGGAGACAAAGCGAAGAAGUCGUUUCCUGCCCUCUUCCACCCCAAGCUGAAGCAUGUUGAGAGGGGCACCGUGAGCAUGGCUACCGCGCCAUUGCCGUCGGAUCCUGAUACCCGAGUUGCCGCCUCACAAUUCAUUGUAACAUUAGGAGACGAUACCGACUACCUCGACGGCAAGGCCGCCAUCUUUGGCAAGGUUGUGGAAGGGUUUGAUGUGUUGGACAAGAUCAACACUGCGAUCACUGAUGAGCGAGGCAACCCGCUCGUUGACAUCCGAAUCAAUCACACGAUAAUACUCGACGACCCCUAUCCAGAUCCGGCAGGGCUACACGAAGAAGAGGUGGACCGGAGACGGCGCGAACAAGCUGCGCGUGCCAAUGCCCUGACAUUAGAGUUGAUGGGUGACCUGCCGUUCGCCGAAGUCAAGCCCCCGAGAACGUACUUUUCGUUUGCAAGCUCAACCCGAAAGUCAGGGGACAGCCUGCAGUACGCCUUCAUUGAGUAUGAAGUUAAAAGCGCAUGCGAGGCGGCGUACUCAAAAAUGCAAGACGUCUUGAUCGACGACCGCCGAAUCCACGUCGAUUUCUCACAAAGCGUUAGCAAGUUGAGCGAGGCGUGGAGACAGGAUGAAACGCAAAAACGCCGAUCUAGAGCUAGAGGUGGUUACGGAGGUGCUGCUGAGCUAGAGAAGAGGAGACAGUACCGCGAUGAGUACGACGACGAAGAUUAUAGCAAAUACGGCAUGGUCUACAGCCAGGAAGAAAUGAAGACUCGACAUGACCGUGGGGGCCAACGCCAACGAGACCACCCUUCCCGAGGUGACGACCCCAACCAAAGGAGACGGAGCAAGAGCAGGAGCCGCAGCCCGCAGUAUCGACGAUCCAAUGAUCGACAUCCUAACCCGAGAGCUCGAGACCGCGAUAGGAAUGCUGACGACAGACGCCAGCAUCGCGGCGGAGAUCGGGAGUGGGACCACAACCGGGAUCGGGACCGUCAGAGAGAUUAUCGGCCUCAAGAUGAUCGUAGAAGAGAGAGAGACCACGGCAGGCGGGACAGACGCUAA